AACGGAAGUGGCAUAUUUGAAAACUGGCAGUUGAAGGCGAGUCUUUUUUCCCUUUCGUUGUGCGUACAGUAAUCUGCCGCAAAUAUCACAAGAAGAGCUUUUUUUCGUGUGCGAGGAAUUACAGACGCCACAAACCAUGGAAGAGGAAGAGCAUACAGACCGGCAGCAGCAGCUUGCCAUGCUUUUUCAAAAGUUUAACAAAAUUAAAAAGUAUCUCCACGAAGAUGACACAGACAACCAGGUGAUCAGCUCAAACUCGCCUGAGUCAAUCCUCUCAUAUUUGAAGGACCUUGAGAGGAAGGGGGACCCUCACCUGGAUCGUAACCACCUCACCCGGCUCGUUAACAUUUAUACCAGAGUGUUCUCCAAUAUGCCACUGGGAUUGCAUUGUCAGAAUGAGAGCUACGCCAGGAUGUUGGUCAGAUUUGCAGAGCUGAAAGCAAUUCAAGAUGUCAACGAGGCAGAGGCCAACUUCAACGUGGCAAGAUCUCACAGCCAGAAUUUUGCUUUUGUCCACAUUGCACACGCACAGUUUGAGCAUUCUCAAGGCAACACAAAAAGAGCCAUUUACAUAUUGCAGAAUGCUAUUGAUGUUGGUGCCGAACCAAAGGAGCAGCUGGAGGCUGCCUUACAGAGCAUGCAGAUGGGAAAAACACAACUCAUGUUUUCAGAGGAUAAGGAAAAUGUACCACGAUUAUCAAACAAUAAUGUGCACAGUUCUGUCAGAAAAAGUUCAGAAUUGCAAAAAGCAAGCAGAAUCUCUGAUGGAACAGGCGACUUGCAGCUCUCCAGUAUUUUUCCUUCAGGGGUGGAGCCCCUCAGUGGAUCGUUGGAUGACCAACUACCAGGCUGGAGAUCGGGAUCUCAACGCAAGAGAACAGUUGGCAUGCCAGGGAGAGUUUCCGUAGUACCUUUCUCAAUCCCAGAAAAAGAUGAUGAUGAUGACUGCGUUAACGAGAAGCCUUCAAAAAGAAAUGAUGCAUUCAUUCCCGCCAGUUUAUCCAGGCAAACAUCUGGCUCCAAUGCCAACUCAAUGUUUGGGUUCUCCUCAAAGAAAAACGCACUAGAUGGGGAUUUAGCCAAUCUUCAACCCCCAGCUCUCAGCCCAGAACAUUUCCCUGGACACGACAAUGCAGGUGCACCGUCACACAUGAUUCACACACCCCUCGAGAUCUGACGGUGCUACAUUACCAGGUAUUUCGUCCCAUUUCCUGUCUUGAUGACAUUUUGCAUUUCUCUGGCAGAUAUAACUCACAAUUUCGAUCAGGUCGUCGAUUCCAACUCUCCCGAGUCGUGCUGGAUAUAUCUGAAGAACCUGGAGAAAAGAGGCAACCCGCACACAGACAUCAACCUCCUCAAUAAGCUCAAGCACUGUUAUUCUAAAAUCUUCUCCAGGCUGCCCAUCAGGCAGUACAGCAAAAACGCCAGCUAUGCAAAAAUACUCGUAAGAUAUGCAGAACUUAAGGGGAUUGAAGACUCAGAUGAAGCACAGGACCACUUCAUAGUGGCACGAUCCAACUGCAAAGGUUUUGCCUUUGUCCACAUAGCACAUGCCCAGUUUGAGGCCUCUCAAGGUAAUGUGAUGAAGGCAACUUCAAUUCUGCAUAAGGCCCAGGCAUUAAACGCUAAACCAGCUGAGCUCCUGAAUAUGGCCAUUCGUAACCUUAAAGCUGGGGAGAAGCAGCUGGUGCCCGACGAGGACGAGGACCCCACAGAAGUUCCAGUUGUCCAGGAGCUGCAGCCUCCUGCUCGGGUCCCUGUGAACCGCGUGGUGGAACAACCGAAACCUGCCAGCAAAGAGCCCUUGUCACAGUGGAAGAUCCCAUCUCUGGUCAACCGGCAUGUUUCUCCAGAGGAUAAACGGACCACCCCUCCUGACCCCAGACCUGUUCCUCGUCUGGUGGAGUCAUUCCCUACUCCGUCCUUCCAGCCUCCAUCGAGGCUGAACCCACAAACAGUCUGCCAGACACCCAACAACUACAGGAACCCCAGCGCCAGCAGCUUUAUUACCCCUGUUGUAAAGAGAGUUCCAGAAGUGUCCUCCUCUGCAGUAGCUGCACACAGAGCAGGACCCACUCAGCAGCCAUGUCCACCUCUAAACCCACCUGCAGGUUUCCAGACUCCACAGCCUUCCUUAAGUGCACUGUCAAAUGAGUCCAUUACGAUUAAAGGAAAGCAGUUCUUCAUCCUCAAGAUGAUUGGUCGUGGAGGAUCAAGCAAGGUCUACCAGGUCCUGGAUCACAAGAAGCAGCUGUUUGCUGUGAAAUACGUCGACCUCGAGGAGGCUGAUGCUCAGACGGUAGAAAGCUACAAAAAUGAAAUAGAACAUCUGAACCACUUGCAGCAGUACAGCGAUCAAAUUAUAAAACUCUAUGACUAUGAAAUAACCAACAGCUACAUCUACAUGCUGAUGGAAUGCGGUAACUUGGAUCUGAACACUUGGUUGAGAAACCGGAAAACUGUGAACCCCCUCGAGAGAAAGUUCUACUGGAAGAACAUGCUGGAAGCAGUUCAGACCAUCCACAAACAUGGGAUUGUCCACAGUGACCUGAAGCCGGCUAAUUUUGUCAUUGUGAAUGCUUCGCUGAAACUGAUCGACUUUGGCAUCGCAAACAGAAUCCAGCCAGAUGUAACGAGCAUUAUGAAGGAUUCACAAGUAGGAACCCUGAACUACAUGCCCCCUGAAGCCAUCAAAGACACUUCAUCCCAGGCAGGAAAAGCACGCUCAAAGAUCAGCCCCAAAGGAGACGUGUGGUCCCUCGGGUGCAUCCUGUACUGUAUGACUUACGGUAAGACGCCGUUCCAGAGCAUCACCAACCAGAUCACCAAGCUGCACGCCAUCAUCGACCCCUCUCAUAAGAUCGAGUUUCCCGACAUCUCCGAGAAGGAUUUGCUCGAUGUGCUGAAGCGGUGCUUGAUACGAAACCCCAGAGAGAGAAUCUCUAUUGCGGAGCUGUUGGAGCAUCCGUACCUGCAGCUGAAGCCACAAGCAUCACCUGAACCAGAACAUCCGUCUGACAGAGAUCUGAAAAGGAUCCUAACAGAUCUAGCAGCACUCCAGUCUCCAAACAGCAUUGUCAGAGCUGCUAAUAAUUUGGCAAAGAUGUACAGCAGCGGCAGGAAGCUGGAUGUUGCAGAGUGUGCAAAGUCGUCGUCGUCUUAACUGUCCUGGACACAAUGUGACGUGAACGUCUCUUCUCUUUCUCUUUCCUUUGCUGCUUACUUGAGUAUGUUUCCCGUGACUAAUAGUUCAUAUGAUUGUUUCCUUGAAACAAAACCACUAAUCUGCUUCAUUUUUACGUAUGGUAGCUAUAAUAAAUGUAAGCAUAUACAGUAUAAUAUAGCCAAAUAAACAUACUGUAUCCAUAA